AUCCAGUUCCUAGAGAAUACCACUUGCCUUUUCGCCAUCCACAGCGGUCGCUCGGACCAACGUUAUCAGCAGAUUCAGCACGCCUUUCUAUCCCGACUCCCUCACAUCAGCGAUUCUAAAAUCAUCGCUCCCUUUUCUUUUUACCUAAUGAUCAAUCCUACGCUCGUUAUUAAUUUUAAUCUUAAGGCAUCAUUCUCACCGGCUGUUCCGGUAUCCCUUUCUCUUCUUUACAUAUAACACCGCAUUUUCUCACUCUUCAACCACUAAUCUCCACCAUCACUCUUAUCUUACUAUUCUUUUCUGCAACUUAACUUCCACUUUUCUAUCUCUUCAGUUAUGGGGAAGGUUAAGAUCGGGAUCAACGGAUUUGGUAGGAUUGGAAGGCUGGUUGCCAGAGUGGCUCUGCAGAGGGACGAUGUUGAGCUCGUCGCUGUUAACGAUCCCUUCAUUUCCGUUGAUUACAUGACCUACAUGUUCAAGUAUGACACAGUUCACGGUCAAUGGAAGCAUCAUGAGUUGAAGGUUAAGGAUGAUAAGACUCUUCUCUUUGGCGAGAAGCCUGUCGCCGUCUUUGGCAUUAGGAACCCAGAGGAAAUCCCAUGGGCUGAGACUGGGGCAGAGUAUAUUGUGGAAUCAACUGGAGUGUUCACUGACAAGGAUAAGGCUGCAGCUCAUUUGAAGGGUGGUGCUAAAAAAGUCAUCAUCUCUGCCCCCAGCAAGGAUGCCCCAAUGUUUGUUGUUGGUGUUAAUGAGAAGGAAUACAAGCCAGAUCUUCACAUUGUAUCGAAUGCUAGUUGCACUACCAACUGUCUUGCUCCUCUUGCUAAGGUUAUUCAUGACCGAUUUGGCAUUGUAGAGGGUCUUAUGACAACUGUCCAUUCCAUUACUGCUACCCAAAAGACAGUUGAUGGGCCAUCGAUGAAGGACUGGAGAGGCGGAAGAGCUGCUUCCUUCAACAUCAUUCCUAGCAGCACUGGAGCUGCCAAGGCUGUUGGGAAGGUGUUGCCUGCUCUUAAUGGGAAACUUACGGGAAUGGCGUUCCGUGUUCCAACUGUUGAUGUUUCUGUGGUUGACCUUACAGUGAGGCUAGAAAAGAAAGCUACAUAUGAUCAAAUUAAAACUGCUAUCAAGGAGGAAUCAGAGGGAAAGUUGAAGGGAAUAUUGGGCUACACUGAAGAUGAUGUGGUUUCCACAGAUUUUAUUGGUGACGACAGGUCGAGUAUUUUUGAUGCCAAAGCUGGAAUUGCUUUGAAUGAAAAUUUUGUGAAGAUUGUUGCUUGGUACGACAAUGAGUGGGGCUACAGCACCCGUGUGAUCGACUUGAUCCGCCACAUCCAUAACGCAUCUACUCAGUAAGGUUGCGAAGCCACUGUAGAUGGUUCGACUUGGUUCAGUUUCUCGUUGUAUGAGGCGAAAUCAAAAUAAAUUUGUCAUAAAGAUAAUGUUUUGAGAUGGAUAUGGUAUGAUUGUCGGAGUCUAUCGCCUGGUUUUUCCUUUUGUUAGUGUCAGAGGAUGUUCAAAUUCCUCCUCCUGGGUAUGAUUAUCGUCUUGCUAGUAUGUAAGAGAUGUACCAAAACAAAACUUGAUGCUUCUCCUCCCGGCGUCUCCAACCUCUGCUCACGAGUACGUGUUUGCAGCACACGCUUGGUUUAUCAAACCACAUGAGCUUGCAUUGCACCUCUGAAUGUUAUUAUAAAUAUGUCUUCUUGUGCGGAAUGGAGACCAUUACAUUCUGUA